UACCCAUCUUUGUUUUAUUUUUAAUCUUGAAAGUAGGGAUGAAACAAGUCCAUCAUUUUUGGAUUUGGUUGAUUAUUUUCAAAAGAGUUCUACCUUUAGCUAAAAAAGAAAUCAGAUACUUUCCAUGACUUAUAUAAACAUUCUCCAUCGUAGUUAAUUUACAAAUCAGCUUUAAGUAAAUUUAUUUAAUAUGUUCCUUUUCAGACUCACUUUUGCCUGGUUUCUCCAAUACUGCUCGGAAUCAUAAGGAAGACUGAUCUGAAAUACAUUUGUCUGAGGUUUCAAUCCCUGAGCAACAUUGAAGAAAGUCCAUUUACAGUGAACCAUUAUCAUUCUUAUUUCCUAUCCACAUCUACAGUCCAUUGGUCCAUAGAGAAGACCUGACCAUCUCCAUGUCUAAUCAAUCCACUGUCUUAGAGUUUGUUCUCCUCUGCUUCCCAGAUCUCCAUCAGGACUUCUAUAUCCCAGUCUCUAUUACAAUGUUUCUUGUCUACUGUGUAUCACUGGUGGCAAAUAGCAUUGUUAUCAUACUGAUCAGUCAUAGGCGGCAAUUACACCAACCCAUGUACAUCAUCAUCAGGAACCUCUCUUUUUCUGAUCUGCUCUUUGACACAAUAACAUUACCAAAAAUCAUUGCCAAAUACUGGUUUAAUGCAGGAUCGAUCUCUUAUUAUCCUUGUGUCUUCCAGAUGUUCUUUGUCCAUUACCUUGGCAGUAUUGACUCCCUCGUCCUUAUGCUGAUGGCUAUUGAUCGUUAUGUUGCUAUCUGCACACCCCUCAGAUAUCACUCCAUUAUCACCAAUAAACUGGUCACUAUUAUCUGUUACUGCUUCUGGAUGUUUAAUGGCACUAGAGUAUCAGUAAUUUCUGCCCUUGCUGCAAAACUUCAUUACUGUGGACCUAAUAAAAUCAAGAACUGUUUCUGUUCCUUAACAUUUCUAAUUCCUUUAGCCUGUGAGGACCAAACAUUUUUAAAAACAUUGAGCUAUAUUUUUGCCAUGGUGGUGCUCCUCCUGCCCUUGUCUAUAAUUUUACUCUCAUAUAUUCUCAUAAUAAUAGUUGUACAUUCGGCAGCCGGCAGUGAGAACUGGCAGAAGGCAUUUUACACUUGUAUGACUCACUUGUUUGUUAUUGGCUUAUAUUAUGUCCCCAGGGUGUUUGUAUAUAGUAUAAGUCAGAUCGCUUUCAUGGUUGAUGCUAAUGUAAAUGUCUUAAUUCUUUGUCUCUACACAUAUAUUCCCCAUGUAGCCAGCCCUAUUAUAUAUUGUCUUAGAACCAAAGAAAUAAGAUCCGUACUAAUUUCUCAGAAAAUAUUUGACUCGAAAACUAACCACAAGGUGUCCGCAGUACAGUUGUCUUCCUAGUACUGCCAGAACAGCCAUGUGGCUCAUUGAAUAGGUCUGUCAUGUUUAAUUGUCUCUUCUACAGCCCCUGGAAUCUUUCUUUCGUUGCCUUUAAAAUCGAACCAAAAUGACACAUUUGAUCCUUUAAGUUGAUCAACUCAAUCUUUACCCUUCUGUACACAAGCGGUUGUGUGCUCUUGAUUUGGACAACCAAACCAGCAGAUGAAGGAACACAUGAAGAUGAAUCUAUGAGGCAACGCAAAUGUUGUUGAGUCAAGAAAAUCAAUUGUUUGCAUAAUAUCACUCUAGGUGAUAUUCUUUGAUGUCUACAUCCUAGGGGGUGCAUGGAAUUGGGACUCAUUUACUGACACAGAGCAGUCACCCAUGGCAACAAUCAUUGAUACGCUAUGUGCAGCCAGGAGCAAGGAAAAGCAACAAUCUAAAAAAAUGUUAUUGGUUGCCAUGGGUUACUGUUCAGGCACAAAUUUGUUGAAAAUGAGACAGAUUUCCUGCACGAUGGUAAACAAGCUUCAUAAUUCCAUAUUGGUGGAAAAACAAUCCUAUUGGGUGUUUCCAAUUAUCAAAUGUUUUGUUUUUUUUGAAAACCCCUACUCCCAAGUAUUCUGCAUAAAAGAUUAUGUACCUUCAUUCAUAAAAUAAAGUUAUGUUAUGA